AUGGCCCUCACCAUCGCGACCAUCUCCUCUCUCGCUACCGUUUGCUACCUCUAUCCGACAACCGUUUUCCUCUUUUCCGCCAUUGCUUCCGUCGUCGCCACUUGCACGCUUCAGGACUUGAAAGACGAUGACAGACCUCUGAGGCCCAGCAAAUGCUUCAUCAUCACAUCGUAUAGUGUGUUUCUGGCCACCUAUGCCGCCCAGCUGGCUCUGCUCUGCGCCCACGCCAUUCUGGUUCACGCAUGGACUGUUGACGAGCAUGUUAUCAUCGGUCAUCUGUCAUGCUUCCUCGUCUUUGGCAUCCAGCUCAGUCGCAUUAUCGAUUCUGACCGUCCCUCACCUAUUCCGCUUUGGGGCUCCGUUGCACUGGCAUUUGUCUUUGAAGUCGUCAUUACCAUUUGGUCAACGCUUUCCAUUACCCCCAAUCUUGCCGGCUUUUUUGUGCUCUCCGACUUUGGCUUGAGCAUUUUUCGCUGCACGGUGCUUGCAGUGCUAGGUUCCGCCGCUAUACUAGGCCGUUGUACCGUUUCGGACCCAAGCCCCGAGGCCGAGUCUCUUUUACCCAAAGAUGACCAACCUACCGGCUACGGAACGCGGACCGAGAGUGAGGCAGAGUACAACUGGGAAAGAAGGCAACGCGAAGCUCGUGAGGUCAUGGAAAAGCGCCUCAAACAAAAUGGCAACUGGUUUCAAUACGUAAAAGGAUUCAUGAUCUUAUUCCCUUAUGUGUGGCCAGUUGGACACAAAACACUGCAGAUGCGAGCUUUCGCCGUCGUCCUCUGCCUUUUCAUCUCAAACGCACUCCAUCUACUGAUUCCUCGCCAGACCGGCAUCAUCAUGGACAGUCUCAGCGGUACCAACAACGUCAGCCCUUGGAUCGCUGUUUUGACUUAUGCCGUGCUCCGUCUGGCCUCCUCCGAGUGCGGUAUUGAGCUCGUUCGACAGUGGCUUUGGAUUCCCGUCAAGUACUUUUCCCACGAUGCGUUAACCCGUGCUGCCUACUCGCACAUGAUGCACCUCUCUGCCGACUUCCACGACUCCAAGAGCUCGUCGGACAUGCUCAUGGCUAUUCAUGGCGGCGGCGCCGUCUCCAAUGCUGUCGAGAGCAUAUUUCUCCAGGCCACUCCCAUGCUCGUCGACAUGAUGGUGGCCGUCGUCUACCUCUCCGUCACCUUUGGACCUUAUGAAGGGCUUAUCACCAUGGCCACAGCCACCAUUUUCCUGCACUGCGCCAGCCGCCUUGUGGCUAAAUCCAAGUCUGUUAAUCGAAAUAGAGUGAAUGCCCUCUACCAGGAGCACUACGUCCGCCACUCUGGCCUCCUAGGCUGGCAGACUGUUUCUGCAUUCAACCAAAUUGGCUACGAGGACAAUCGACACGCUAAUGCCGUGGCAAACCGUUGGCUUAGGGAGCAACAGUACGUGUUGAGCUGGCACAUCUCGACCGCCUUUCAAACCAUUGUACUUUCUUCUGGACUCUUGGCCUCUGCCUUUCUCGCGGUCUACCGCAUCCAGCACGGUCGAGCCACCUCUGGUCAAUUCGCCAUGUUGCUCAUGUACUGGGCUCAGCUCACCUCGCCUUUACAAUUCUUCGCCAAGCUAGGCAAAAGCAUGAGUGACGAUUUCAUUGAUGCCGAGCGUCUGCUAGACAUUAUGAACACCAAGCCCAGUGUCGAGAACAAGAAGAAUGCCCGCCCACUCAAGUUUGUCUCUGGCAAGGUUGAGUUUGACCAGGUUUGCUUCAGCUAUGACGAGCAAAAAGGCGUCAUCAAGGAUGUCAACUUGGAAAUUCCUGGUGGCCAGACUGUUGCCUUUGUUGGCGCCACGGGCGCUGGCAAGUCUACUCUGCUUCGCCUGCUUGAUCGCUUCUAUGAUGUGACAGGCGGCGCGAUUCGCAUUGACGGACAAGACAUUCGUGACGUUGACCUAUUCAGCCUCCGCGACCGCAUAGGCAUUGUCCCCCAGAACCCGAUUCUCUUUGACGACACCAUCAUCAACAAUGUUCGAUAUGGCAGAAUCACGGCUACCGAUGAAGAAGUAUUCGACGCUUGCAGAGCUGCUUGCAUUCAUGAUAAGAUCGUGGGCUUUACCAAUGGUUACCAGACUCGUGUUGGAGAGCGCGGUGUGAAAUUAUCCGGAGGAGAGCUCCAGCGUGUUGCUAUUGCGCGUGCCAUUCUGCGCAAGCCCGAUAUUGUGUUGCUCGACGAGGCGACCAGCGCUGUUGAUACCGAUACGGAGCAGCAGAUCCAACUUUCUUUCCGACGUCUAUGCCAAGGCCGCACCACAUUUAUUGUCGCUCAUCGUUUGUCGACUAUUAUGAAUGCCGACCGGAUUGUUGUGAUUGAACACGGCGAAGUGAUUGAGAGUGGCAGUCAUGAUGAGCUGAUUGGCGCUCAGGGACGAUAUGCAGAUCUGUGGUCAAAGCAGGUUUUUGUUCAGCCGAAAGGUCCGACUCUCAACAUAACCAAGGCACUCGAUGAACAGAAAAACUUGAAAGCAAGUCUUUCCGAGCAGGAAAGUACCCAGAUCUCUCGAACUGUUAGUGACAGUGGAGACGAAACGCCCUUGUCUGAGCAAGACUCUAGCGACGCCGUCCAUCAUGUCACUCCAAGGGCCAAGCGCGACCGUCAAGCGAGAACGUCUAUCGACAGCGAUGCUAUGAGCAAAGCUUCGAAGUUGAACCCUGUGGCUCCUGAAUUCACACCGCGCACUGCCACCCCCAAGGGAAUUGUCAAGGCGAGCGACUACGACAAACUGGGCUCGUCUGCCGAGCGGGCACGGCUCUGGGCAGACGAGGUUGCCGCCGCCGCCAAGGCAGACGAGGGACAGGCCGAGCUUGUGAUGCCUACACCCAGUACUGAUAAUGCGGAGGAGUCAAAGGACUCUAGUGCUUAG